GUUUGCUUUAAUUUUGUUUGUUUGUUUGCAUCCACUACUCAGCCGACAGGUCAAUGGCUAAAGACAGAACGCAUCACCAGGUCCCAGAACACUCGGCGAUGCCAGACCCGCUGCUGGUUCCCGGGGCGAAGACCUAAUAGGCGGAGCCUAGGUGAAUUGGACCAACGGAGCCAUCGCUACGGGUCGCGAGAAGGCCCAGGCCGGGGACGCCAAGUGAGCAGCGCGGGAGCCGGGUAACGUGCAGGAGACCUGGCUGCUGGGGGCUGGAGGACGAGGAACCCGGGCCUGGGGCUGCACCAUGGGUGGCAAGAACAAGAAACACAAGGCUCCGGGAGCUGCGGCGGUGCGGGCCGCGGUGUCAGCUUCUAGGGCCAAAUCUGCUGAGGCCGUGGGCGCGCCGACGGAAGCGCAAAGCAAGAAGCCCGUGGCCAGGCCGGUUACCGCCGCCCCUGCCGGCGCCCGCGACCCCCGACUCAAGCAAGGUCCAAAAAUUUAUAGUUUCAACUCUGCAAAUGAUUCUGGUGGUCCUGCAAGUCUGGAUAAAUCUGUUUUGAAAGUGGUAAUUAAUAACAAACUAGAGCAGAGAAUUAUUGGCGUGAUCAAUGAGCAUAAAAAGCAAAAUAAUGACAAAGGAGUGAUUUCUGGAAGACUUACUGCCAAAAAAUUACAGGAUUUAUACAUGGCUUUACAAGCAUUUUCAUUUAAGACGAAGGACAUUGAAGAUGCCAUGACCAACACACUCUUACAUGGAGGUGACCUGCAUUCAGCCUUGGACUGGCUCUGUCUAAACCUUCCCGAUGAUGCACUUCCUGAAGGAUUCAGUCAGGAAUUUGAAGACCAACAACCUAAAAGUAGGCCAAAAUUCCAGUCUCUUCAAAUACAAGCCGCCAUCUCACCUCCAUUGCAAACUAGAACAAAAAAACAGGAGGAAGACCUUAAUAUUAAGCCAAAAAAGGAAGAAAAAAGUGUGGAUCUAAAUAUGAAAGAGUGGAUUUUGAGAUAUGCUGAACAACAAGAUGAAGAGGAAACGAGUGAGACCUCCAAGAACCAAGAAGUAGAGGAAGAAGAAAAAUUUGACCCUAAUGAAAGGUACUUGCAACUUGCAGCCAAAUUUCUCAACGCAAAGGAGCAAGCAGCUGCUUUUAAACUAGAGAAAAACAAACAAGGCCAAAAAGAGGCCCAAGAGAAAAUUAGAAAAUGUCAACGAGAAAUGGAAACUUUGGAAGACCAUCCAGUAUUCAAUCCAGCCAUAAAAAUUUCAGAUCCGCAAAAUGAAAGGAAAAGGUCUCCCACAGCCACAGAAGGGGAAGGUGCUCUGAACCUUAAUUUAUUCGAGAAACCUGCAGCUGCUUCUAAAGAAGACAAAGGUAAAAAGAAGGAGCCUCACGAUGUAAGGAACUUCGACUACACUGCUCGAAGCUGGACUGGAAAAUCUCCCAAGCAGUUUCUUAUCGACUGGGUCAGGAAGAAUCUGCCCAAGAGUCCGAACCCUUCCUUUGAAAAAGUUCCAGUAGGCAGAUACUGGAAAUGUAGGGUAAGGGUAGUCAAGUCUGAAGACGACGUCCUGGUUGUCUGUCCCACAAUCUUAACGGAGGACGGCAUGCAAGCCCAGCACCUGGGGGCCACUCUAGCCCUGUACCGCUUAGUCAAAGGGCAGUCUGUUCAUCAGUUACUCCCUCCCACUUACAGAGAUGUUUGGCUGGAGUGGAGUGAUGAAGAAAAGAAAAGGGAAGAGUUAAAUAAAAUGGAAACCAAUAAGCCACGUGACCUUUUUAUCGCCAAGCUGCUGAAUAAGUUGAAGCAGCAGCAGCAGCAGCAGCAACAUUCUGAAUGUAAAAAGGCGAGUUCUGAGGACCCCGAGGACUCUUGGGAGAACUUGGUUUCUGAUGAGGAUCUCGGUGCACUGUCCUUGGAGUCCACCAGGGCCGAAGACUUGGAGCCUGUUCGGACCCUCUUUAGGAAGCUGCAGAGCACACCUAAGUACCUGAGACUCCUGAAGGAAAGACAGCAGCUGCCUGUGUUCAAGCACCGGGAGUCAAUCGUGGAAACGCUGAAACGGCACCGCGUUGUGGUCGUGGCGGGGGAAACGGGGAGCGGCAAGAGCACGCAGGUGCCACAUUUUCUGCUGGAAGAUCUGCUGCUCAGUGAGCGCGGAGCGAGCAAAUGUAACAUCGUGUGCACCCAGCCCCGAAGGAUCUCAGCCGUGAGCUUGGCCACCCGGGUGUGCGAAGAGCUGGGCUGCGAAGGCGGACCCGGAGGAAGGAACUCUUUGUGUGGAUACCAGAUCCGGAUGGAAUCUCGCGCUAGUGAGUCGACCAGGUUGCUCUAUUGCACAACAGGAGUUCUGCUCAGGAAACUUCAGGAAGAUGGGCUUCUGACUAAUGUGUCUCAUGUUAUUGUAGAUGAGGUUCAUGAAAGAAGUGUGCAGUCAGACUUCCUGCUAGUUAUCCUGAAGGAAAUUUUACAGAAGCGCUCCGACCUGCACCUCAUUCUGAUGAGUGCCACUGUGGACAGUGAAAAGUUUUCCACGUACUUCACACACUGUCCUAUUCUCAGAAUUUCCGGAAGAAGCUAUCCUGUUGAGGUUUUCCAUCUUGAAGAUAUCAUAGAAGAGACGGGCUUUGUACUGGAGAAGGAUUCAGAGUACUGUCAGAAGUUUCUGGAGGAGGAAGAGGAAAUCACCAUAAAUGUUACAAGCAAAGCAGGAGGAGUAAAAAAAUACCAGGACUACAUCCCAGUUCAGACUGGAGCAGGUGCUGACUUAAGUCCGCUUUACGAGAAGUACAGCAGCCGCACUCAGCACGCCGUUCUCUACAUGAACCCACAUAAAAUCAACCUGGAUCUCAUUCUGGAACUCCUUGUGUACUUAGACAGAAGUCCCCAAUUCAGAAAUAUUGAAGGAGCAGUGUUGAUUUUUUUACCUGGCCUUGCUCAUAUCCAACAGUUGUAUGAUCUCCUGUCAAAUGAUAGAAGAUUUUAUUCUGAACGAUACAAGGUGAUAGCUCUACACUCCAUUCUUUCCACUCAAGAUCAAGCUGUAGCCUUCACUCUCCCUCCUCCGGGAGUCAGGAAGAUUGUUUUAGCAACAAAUAUUGCAGAGACGGGUAUCACGAUCCCCGAUGUGGUGUUUGUCAUCGACAGUGGAAGAACGAAAGAAAAUAAGUACCACGAAAGCAGUCAGAUGAGUUCUUUGGUGGAGACUUUCGUCAGCAAAGCCAGUGCUCUUCAGCGCCAGGGGAGGGCUGGACGAGUCCGAGACGGCUUCUGCUUCCGAAUGUACACCAGGGCAAGGUUUGAAGGCUUUCUGCAGUAUUCCGUUCCUGAGAUUUUGCGUGUACCCCUGGAGGAGCUGUGUCUUCAUAUCAUGAAAUGUGACCUUGGCUCUCCCGAGGAUUUUCUCUCCAGAGCGCUCGACCCUCCUCAGCCGCAGGUGAUCAGCAAUGCCAUGAGCUUGCUCCGGAAGAUCGGAGCCUGUGAGCUGAGCGAGCCCAGGCUCACCCCGCUGGGCCAGCACCUGGCAGCCCUCCCUGUGAACGUCAAGAUUGGCAAGAUGCUCAUUUUUGGUGCCAUAUUUGGCUGCCUUGACCCAGUGGCAACGCUGGCGGCAGUUAUGACGGAGAAGUCUCCUUUCAACACGCCGAUUGGUCGAAAAGAUGAAGCCGACCUUGCCAAGUCAGCGCUGGCCGUCGCCGACUCGGACCACCUGACCAUCUACAACGCGUACCUGGGGUGGAAGAGAGCUCAGCAGGAAGGAGGCUAUCGCUCUGAGAUCGCGUAUUGCCGGAGGAACUUUCUCAAUAGAACAUCGCUCUUAACCUUAGAGGAUGUAAAGCAGGAACUAAUAAAGUUGGUGAAGGCAGCGGGAUUUUCAUCUUCCACCACUUCCAGUGGCUGGGAAGGAAGCAGAGCCUCCCACACUCUCUCUUUCCAAGACGUUGCCCUUCUGAAAGCCGUGCUGACUGCCGGGCUGUACGACAGUGUGGGCAAGAUCAUCUACACCAAGUCAGUGGAUGUGACAGAAAAACUAGCCUGCAUGGUGGAGACAGCCCAAGGCAAAGCACAAGUACAUCCAUCCUCAGUAAACCGCGAUUUACAGACGUACGGGUGGCUCUUAUACCAAGAGAAGAUACGGUAUGCCCGAGUGUACCUGCGGGAAACGACGCUGGUCAGCCCUUUCCCGGUUCUGCUGUUUGGUGGUGACAUAGAAGUCCAGCACCGGGAGGGCCUCCUCUCCGUGGACGGCUGGAUCUACUUUCAGGCCCCGGUAAAGAUAGCUGUCAUUUUCAAGCAGCUAAGAGUUCUUAUUGAUUCUGUUCUAAGAAGAAAGCUUGAAAAUCCAAAGAUGUCCCUUGAAAAUGACAAGAUUCUGCAGAUCAUUACGGAGCUAAUAAAGACAGAGAAUAACUGACGCUGGAACGCACGGUCAACUGGUUCCAGAGUUCAGAUGAAGACGCAGCCAUGAGUUCUGAGAAACACACCAUCCCGUGAAGUAUUCCAUUGCCUAAAGUCUUGGUGCCAGCCACCACCCUCAUGAUGGCAGAGAGAAAGCACGCACCUUCCACAUGUGAUUUUUCUAGUUCCUUUUUAACGGUGAUCAUUCUCAGUGUAUUUGCCACUACAUUUACAAUAAAUUCUUUGGUAUCAUUCA